CUUUCUGCCACUACCCUCACAAUUGUCGGGCGCGUCUCCAUCUGGUUCCGUGACUACUUCGGGUUCUACAUACCUUCGUUUCUCCUACAACUAUCAUUCAUCUAGCGCGACCUGCUAUACUUUUGUUGCUUUUUUCUUCAACGGACGCGACUUACUCUACCCUUCAACAUGGCUACCAAAACGCCGUCGCGUUACGGACGGUCGUCUAGCCCUGGCGUUACGCCAGGAAAGCGCGUUAUGAGCCCGACGUCGUUCUCAGCAUCAAGCUACUCACCCACAGUCAACGGCGCGCAAAAACUGAACAUCGUGACUCGGGUCGCGAUUGAGGGCAAGGCGAACAGGGAUAAGGAUGUUGCAAACAUUAAGAUGUACCUCAAGAUGUCGGUACCUGUGGACCAAGUCGAACCCGGGACGACUAUCUCAUUAUUUCCUGAGGAGAAUAUCAAGAUUGCGUUGUCCCAAGUGCAUCCACUGGACAACAACUCUGUUCCGUAUCAUUUUUCUUCCGCUGUGUCGCCGCUGUUGAAUAAUGCCGCUCGAGCGCUAAAUCUUCCCGCAAGAUCUCCAGAAUCAUUUAAUGAAGCGUUCAAUCUAUCUCCUAGCCUUGUUCACACCUCAACAUCAACUACUUCUACCCGGACCUCUAAGGCGAAUACAAGUGAUGUUCCUGGGGUUGUGGACGAACGGUAUACCGGCAAGAUUCUCGUUAGCGGGUACAACAUAUCCUACGUCCUUCCCAAAGUCUUUCCUCAGUACUCCGAACCUCAUUCCCGUAUCUCGUUUGGACGUCGCCGCGGCUCCGUUGGUGAUCGGAAUCACGUCCAAUUCAUGGCCGCCAUUGAGUUGAUGGUUCCGUACGUUUCAAGACCGCCGCGCGCGCCAUAUUUGCUUUCCAUACCAACUCCACGGUGCCUACACAAUAAUAUCAAGCUACGGAUCUUUCCUCCCAGGGACUCCUUGGCCUCAACAGCAUCGCUCUCUGAUGAUGACGCGGGAUCGUGGGAUCUUACGUCUGAUCCCCAUGUUAGUCGCCCUACGCGCAUGUCGCGUACGACUUCGUACAAUAACUUUGCAGACGACGAAUCUAGUGAUUCCUCCACCAGCGGUCUUCUCGAAGGUAUUGGCAUCCAGGGCACAUUUCCUAGUGCAGAGAGGAUACGAGUGAGGUGGGCGAAGCCUAUGAAGAACAUUGCCAACGGAGACUCGGCUGGACGGAGGCAGGUCGGAACAAAAGAGGUCCAGGGUACAAUGACUUGCACUGUGAGAGGGAAAAUGAAACACCCGGACAGAGCGGGAGUCGAAGGAAUCAUCAUGGAUGUGGAAUACAAAGCGUCAUGCAAAGGCGUUUGGUUCCCUGGUGUUGCUACUCUCUUGGGGAUGGACGUUGGCUUAGUUUCGAAAGGUUCCGACGUUUCAUGGGUAGCAGGCUACCCUAACAAUUGGCAGGUUACGGGCGGUACCGGUUUUACAGGUUUUGACGUAGGUGUACCUCCGCCGACUGAUGGCCAACGACAUGAUUCCUUUGAUUCCAACUCGUCUCACGCUGUGCUCGCAGCAAUGGCAGCCAAAGAGACCACUGCACCCUCAUCAACGUCGUCGCUGCUUCGCGCACCGUUGCCGGUUCAAAACGUUGCUGACUAUUCCUUCGAAGGAUCUGCGUCUGCAAUAUCAUCAAUACCCUCGACAGGUGCUUCGAUGGCGGGUCUUUCCGCGUCGGAAUCAGUACCAUCACCUCCCCCCAGUCAAGCUAUCACGUUACACAUCAACAUGAACGAACUCCUCCCACCGUCGCGUAACACAUUCACGUUCACCAUCACCGGUACCAUCCUUAUUAUCCCCAAAACACCCGGAACGCCAUCAGGAGACGAGUCUGAAUCAGAUCCCGAACCCGUUCUGCUCCCUGGAUUCACUGUUUUUGGUACAGAUUCCGAGGUCGUAUCAAUCAUUGUACGCAAUGAGGUUGAUCGUGGUAGCGCCAAUGUGGAGGUAUACAACUCCACGGGAGAUUACCGACGUGAUGCCCAAGUACGCAAGACUGUGCUCCAGAAAGGUGGGCAUACCAAGUGCGGUGAUGGUGGAGGAAGGAUUGCCCUGCGCAGUGUUGCAGUAAACGGCAAGCUACCUCCCAAUCGUCCACGCACUCCCAGCAACCAGGGACAUCUCAAUACUUCACACUCGUCUUCUCCCGCGCUGCUUAUGAAGAUGCUGUCUUCAGUGAACCAAACCAAGCGGGAUAUGCCUGUGAUUAUCCCGUCCGUAAGCGCGACAGUUACACCGCUUGUGCUGCGAGAGAGCUCGCAUCUCAGUGCUUAUGCGGUACGGGUGAGUUUGACUGCGAUGGCGGACCCGGACUCUGAGUGGUUGGAGUUUGGGUUGGGAUCUUUGGGGCAAGUGUCUUCUUCGAACGGAAAACCGCCACCGAAAGUGGAUCUCGCGUGUGUUAGUGUGGAGGGUGUGCCUGUGAAGUACGAAGCUACUGCUGCUGCCAAGCAGGACCAUCAGGAUGGCAGCGUUCCGUUUGAGCAGAUGGGUGGGAAGGAGUGGAUUAGUUGGGUUCGAGUGCAUAUCGGAUCGAUGAAUGGUGGUUCCGUUGUCGUGGACUAUGUCGUCAAGGUAGACGACGGUGCAGGGAAAGGGAAAGGGAAAGCUCGAGAAGACUCACAGUUUGAUGUGUUUUUGCCUACAUUUGCUGUUCCGAUUGGUAGGUUGGAAAUUGUUGUUGAGGACGUCCCUGGACACGGGAUUACCUGUUUGGAUUCAAAUCUUCGGUAUCGCCAAUCAAAACAGCGUCUACUACACUACUCUGCCGAGGAAUUUUUCUAUCCACACCUUACACUGGCACUGGAUUCCUCUUACGGUAGCAGAUCGAUGUUGUCCUGGUGGAAAUCUGGGCUAUACAUGUGCUUAGUGUCCCUGGUCAUUUCAUGCGCUUUUUUCCUACCGCUAUCCUCCGAGCUCAGACGCGUUGGCCAAUCUUUGGAUGGCUACUCGUUAGGCUCUCAUUGGAACGAUGAACCCCGGCCGGUCGUCGUGACUACCACUGUGUAUUCGAAUACGCGACGGUGGUUCGCCGACGAAUCGGCUACUCCGGAACCCUCAAGUAGUGAAGACAUCUAUUAUGCUUCACCCACUUCGAAUUCGCACAUCACUACCACCAUUAUUGCCACUGCCACACCUGAAACCAAGCUACCCGAGCCGUCAUCGGAGACGCCUCCGCCACAGGUGACUUGGGAAUCGACGUCUUCGUCGUCUUCCCAAGGCCUACAACUUCACUACGAUUGGGCAUCUUGGCAAACGCUCCUAGCGAUGUCUUGGGAGGAUCUACAUCCUCUUCGGGAUAAGGUUAUAGAGAGCCUAGAAUCUCUUUGGCAAAUUUUUAGCAAAGUCUAUCAUUAUCCUUUACCACCUCCGUGAUGUUUUUUUUAACUUUCAGCUCUCGAUGUGCUUUCUGAUGUUGUUAUGUUUAUAUUAUGAUUUAUGUAGAGUGUCCAUAGGCCUAUUAAUAUACACGAUUUUCUUGGG